AUGGAGCGUGAGAUUGACAGGCGGAUCGGUGCAGCAUCAGCAGUGAUGCGUUUGCUGCACCAGACCGUCUUGGUGAAGAAAGACCCUGAGCCUAAAGGAGAAGCUCUCAAUUUACCGACGGAGGCCAUCCAUCCAGACUGCGCUCUGGUGCUUCAUCACAAGAAGGCUCAGGAGGACUGCAACCGGUUCCUGAGAGAGGAGCUGAAACACCACUCCAACAAGACAGGUUGUCCGACGCUGUGGGAUGAGAUGCUCUGCUGGUACCGUGCCGAGGUGGGAGAGGUGGUCAGCGUCUCGUGUGCUAAUGUCUCGCAGCUGUUUGCUGAUAAUCAAGGCACUUUUUCUCAACACUUUCUAAAAAUAUUUAAUUUAUAUUCACACUUUUUUCUUCUUCUGCUCGACAGGAAGUUUCACUGCACCAGGAACUACAUCCACAUCAACCUGUUCUUCUCUUUCAUCCUGAGAGCGAGCGCCGUCUUCAUUAAAGAUGGAGUUCUCUUCUCUGAUGAAAACCUGGACCACUGCUUCAUGUCUACGACAUCCUGUAAAUCAGCAGUGGCCUUUUUCCAGUUCAGUAUCCUUGCCAACUACUUCUGGCUGCUGGUGGAGGGCAUGUACCUGCAGACGCUGCUGGCGCUCACCUUCGUCUUCCAGAAGAAAUAUUUCUGGUGGUACAUUCUCAUCGGCUGGGGUCUCCCGACUACAAUCAUAACAGCGUGGAUCCUCACUCGAAAGUUCUACGAUAACAAAGGCUGCUGGGAUGACACAGAUGUGGCCUUCAUCUGGUGGAUCAUAAAAGCUCCAAUAACGGCGUCAUUGCUGGUGAACUUCAUCAUCUUCAUCAACGUGAUCCGUAUUCUGGUGCAGAAGCUGAGAUCUCCUGGUGUCGGAGGAAAUGACACCAGCCACUUCAAGAGACUGGCCAAAUCCACUCUGCUUCUCAUUCCUCUGUUCGGGAUGCACUACAUGGUGUUUGCCUUCCUGCCAGAAAACACUGGAACAGAGGCUCGAAUCUUCAUAGAGCUCGGUCUGGGAUCCUUUCAGGGAUUCGUUGUGGCCAUGCUCUACUGUUUCCUAAAUGGUGAGGUGCAAGCAGAGUUAAAGAAGAGAUUUUGGAAGUGGCAGACUCAGAACUACCUGAGGUACAGUAAACGACGCCGUACGUUGUUCACCGAGAGCAGCACAGUCACUCAGAUUUCCGUCCUGGACAAAUCCAGCCCCAAAGACGCAGAGACGCCCGCCUUCACAAACAUGCUCGCACCCAACAACGUCUCCACAGUCUGA